UUUACAGGUCCAACGUCAGGCUCUUCUGACACUUGACUUCUCUCCCUCAGCCUACCAUUGGGCUCCUGGGAAUGACCACUAUUUUAUUGCUGGUCUGCAUCUCAUGCCUUCUGCUUCUCUUUGCCACAUGGAGAAGCAUAUCACAAAAAGAGAAGGAGCCUCCUGGUCCCAUCACGGUCCCCAUUCUUGGAAACAUACUCCAGCUGAAUCCCUGGAAGUUGCCUGAAAGCUUGAAGAAGCUCAGCAAGAAGUAUGGCUCUGUCUUCACAAUAUAUGUAGGCCCACAAAAGAUUGUGGUGCUGUAUGGCUAUGAUGUUGUGAAAGAAGCUCUGAUCGAUCAGGCAGAUGACUUCAGUGGAAGAGGCAGUCUACCACUGUUAAGAAAACUCUUCCAAGGCACAGGCAUUGUGACCAGCAAUGGUGAGGUCUGGAAGCAACUCCGACGAUUUGCACUCACCACCCUGCGGGAUUUUGGGAUGGGGAAGAAGAGCAUCGAGGAGCGAAUCCAGGAGGAAGCUUGUUUUCUGGUGGAGAGGAUCAAGAGCACACAUGAGCAACCCUUCAACCCUGGAAACUUCCUAGUCCAUGCUGUUUCCAAUGUCAUCUGCUCCAUCGUCUUUGGGGACCGGUUUGACUAUGAGGACAAGAAAUUUCUAACUUUGGUUGAUUUGAUAGAGGAAAACAGCAAGCUCCAGAACUCUAUACAAACACAGCUGUACAAUUUCUUCCCAAAUAUCAUGGAAUAUUUCCCUGGGCCUCAUCAAAAACUGGCAAAAAAUAUUGAAGAAGCUGAUCACUUUACUUCAGAAAUUAUAGCAGAACACCAGGAAACCCUGGAUCCCACCUGUCCUCGAGAUUUUAUUGAUGCUUUUAUUAACAAAAUGGAACAGGAGAAAGGGAAUGGUCGCUCAGAAUUCACCACUGAGACCUUGAGGAGGACCACGCUCGACUUGUUCCUUGCAGGAACAGGGACCACCAGCAUCACACUAAGACAUGGAUUUCUGAUUUUGCAGAAAUACCCAGAGAUAGUAGAGAAAAUUCAAAAGGAGAUUGACUCUGUGAUCGGCCAAGACCGAAGCCCCUGCAUGGCAGAUCGGAGCCGCAUGCCCUACACAGAUGCUGUAGUCCGUGAAAUCCAGAGAUUUGUUGAUCUCCUUCCGCUUAAUGUCCCACAUGCUGUGAUCAAAGACACCAAGUUCAGAGACUAUUUUAUCCCCAAGGACACUAUGAUACUCCCUGUGCUGAACUCCGUCCUACAUGACAGCAAGGAAUUUCCAAAUCCAGAAAAAUUUGACCCAGGACAUUUCCUGAAUGCAGAUGGUACCCUUAAAAAGAGUGACUACUUCAUGCCAUUUUCUGCAGGAAAACGCAUCUGUGUGGGAGAAGGUCUGGCCCGGAUGGAGCUUUUCAUAUUUUUAACAGUCAUCCUGCAGAAAUUUACUUUGAAACCCGUUAUGGAUCCCAAGGACAUUGACAUUUCCCCAUUAGCCACCAGUCUGGCAAAUAUACCUCGACCUUAUGAGGUUUCUUUUCUUCCGCGUUAGCCAAGUGAAGACAGUUGCCAGCUCUGAAACUCAUGAAAGCUCUGGUUAAACAAUAGUAACUUUCCGAUCUGUUGAGACUGAAACACUCAGAUCAUUUGCUUAGAUACUUUAUGGAGAGAAAUGUGCUUAGAGAAUAAAAUUGCAUGAUACUUUUGUAAGCCAGCUCUAAACAGAGACAGAGUAGGAAAUUGCAUAGGGCAGGAGAAUGCUCCCUGUGCAAAAUUAUAUAGGGUCUCCUCUGAACGUACCUCACCUAGCUCAGGUUUCUAUCUGGCUCCUGACAACCUGACAUGUCAGGGUGUGUGUUCUAGUGCACCGAGAGCCCUGCUGCUUCUAUGCCUAUCACUUGAGCCUCUCAGCACAGCAGGAACAGGUCUUGUACUCCAGGGUUUCCACAGACUCCGCUUGAGGUAUCUCUCUCCUCUGUAUUUUCUUUGUUGUGACCUAUCUGUAAAACUAAGCAUAAAACAGUGGUGGGUUUUUUUUUCCUGUUAGAAGAUGAUCACCUACGGUAUUCUUGCUCCAGUACAUAUUCUUUCCUAUGGUGGGGAUGUGGUUUAUUGAUGACUGGGCAGGUGGGUUCUCUCUUAUGUGAUUACAAAGCAGGUUUGUGAAAUUAUAAUUUAUAUUGCAAAAUAAAGUAGUACACUGAAUUGUUGUUUUUCUGAUAUCCCAGAACAACAUCUUUUAGUAAAAAACCUGCAUCCACAAAGCUUA